GCUUUGCCUGCUUCGAUGUUAAUGCUUAUUAAUGAAAUUAAUGAAGUUUAAUUAGCGUAAAUCAUAGCGCAAGUCACAAGUGUCGUUUGAUUUUGAACGUACGUCACUGACUCGUUUGUAAUUUAACCUGGCAUCGUGACAUUUUGUUCAAAAGCGCCUAGUACUCCACUACGCCGUGAGUGAUCGUCAGCAGUAUUACAGUUCUGGUGAUCAAAAACCUGAAAUUUGCUCUGGAGGUGCCUGGAACGUAGCCAGGAAAUGCGAAGAACAUUGAUUCAAUAAAAGUCUUCGAUUAUAAUAAUUUGGUUUCUGGAAUUGAGAGUUAGAAAAUUCCUGCCCAUGUACGGGCAAUGGCAUCUUAAGACCUUGCGUUCAUUUUCCAUUGAUUAUUUUGUGAGCCAAUUAAAAUCACGACGCCACGAACAAGUUUGAGGAUUUCUAAGUGAGAAUUGUUUGCACGGUGACACGAGUGGAGAUCCAGAAUGAUUGGAAAAAUUCGAUAGCUGUUUGCAAUUGUGAAUGGCCUGAUUCUUGUGGAACCCGGUAUAGCCGCUUACUUGAGUGUGAGAACCCUCCGUUUUGUGUAACAUCUCUCGUCCUUGCACGUGAUUGCAAUUGACAUAACGCACAAUUAUAACGUCCCCCUAGCCGCAAUUAAAUCUCCUCUAUGGGUGGAUGUGCGCCGUCUAAAAUGCCUAAUGGUGAACAGGUGGACAGGAAGAGUUUCCGACUGGGUAAUAAUUCCACCGCGUUGCGUAAAUCCAGUCACUCCGGCACGCCUUCUCUUAAUGCAUCAGAAUUGCGAAUAAAAACGCUUGCUGAUACUGACGACACCUACGUGGAGGUUGUCAAAGGUGGGCGAAAAGAUAGUGCUGCUGAAAGUGCGACCGGAAGCAACAAACAUGGUUCAUUCGAUGGCCAUUUGAAUGGCUUGAUGAAAGAUGCCGAAAGCCAGACUAUGCAUUCGUCGCAGAAUCAUGUGAAUUCGGGAAUUCCCGGACCGAGAGGCGUUCGACCUUCGGGACUUCCAGCGGCAUUCGCGCCGCGAGCGGGAGGGAUUAGAGCUCCACUGGCUAUCAGUGAAACUGCCUCCGAACUUGGAACGCCGACACCUAUGGAUGAGAAUAAAGCUUUCGGCAAACCAUAUCCUUCUAGUGCUUCUGUAACCGGCCAAUUUAAGCCUUUGUCGUUUUCCGGGCAAGCCAAAAUUCAGUUGGUUUAUCCACCAAAACUGCCCACACCGACAUCAUCCAUGCCGGCUGUUUCGCCGUCAGUCAGCUCCGCACCUUCUGCUUCGCACAUACCGGGGCCUAUAUCGCGGCCUAAGGGCCCUGUCCCACUGCCUCCUGUCAGGUCGGUGGCUGCUCCCAACAGUUUACCGGCAAGUGGAAGGAAUGGGACGGAUAAUGUGCCGGUCACCAGCGUUCCUUACACCACUAUAUCCGGCACUGCUGCAAAUCCAGCCUACGUUCAGCGUAACGUGCACUUGGCUGCUAAAGAACAGUUCAGCAAACAACGCAGCACAGAGAGCGUAAAGGCAACUGCAAUGGGAGUUGAUGGGAUUUCAGUGGAAUCCGGCCCCAUCGAUAGUGGACGAGUGCGAAGUAGAACUGAAAACGUUAUUUCGAGUACUUCAUCAAGUAGCAGUAUUCCUAUUUCGACGAGCAAACUUACCGGUCCGAAAUCUGGUUUGCGACCGCCUGCUUCAUCUGUCGGUAGUGCACCGCGUGGACCUUUGGCGCUGGGUACUCAGAAACAAGCACCAGGACCUGUGCCUACAAAGCCAGUUAGGAAGUCGCCGCAGUCGGCAGCUGUUAAUGAAUUGGAUAUGCAUUAUGUGAAUUCAUUACCGACAGGUCCGGACCCAUCGCCGGCGCUGUUCUAUCAAAACCAGGAGGCGCUGCGGCAUUUACACAGUGCUAAUCAUCCAUCAGUGUCAUCAGUGCCAGUAGAGAGAUUUUCGGGAUUAAGUUUGGAUGGUGCUGGGUACAGGGAUAGCUUUCUCGAUGAUCAUGAUUACUUUGCUGGUGGAGAAGCGUUUGCAGAGAGGCCUAAGCAAUUUUCUGUCGAUGAGUACGCCCUAAAAGAUAUGAUAGCCACAUUAGUGGAUGCUAAGAGCCUGGCCGAGGAGCUGCUGGUUAUCAACGAAAAAUCCAGUCUUGUUCUGAGUGACAAUUUGGGAAGGAAAGUCAAGGAUAAAGCAAGCAUCAGUGCUGUGAAAGAAGAUGAGCAGCACAUCAGACAAUUACUGUUACGACCGAGUGAAGACACUUUUCGUGAUCCGAAAAAAGCGUUGGAUUUGAUAUUGCAGUUGCAAGACGCUUUACGGAGUGCGACAGGAUUGUAAUCAGCGUUCAACACACAAUUUCGAGCUGUGAUUUUGAUAUCCUUGUCAGUCAAAUUUUGUGCCAACGCCAGCGGUGUGACCUUGUACAAAUUUUAUGAUUAACAUGUUUGAAGCUGUUACUGAUUUUUCUUUUAACCUUUUUGUUUCAUCUUUUACCGUUUAAUGACUACGUCUUAAGAUUUUACAGAUUGCUUUAUGAAAUCAGACUUUUCAGUUGUGAUAUGAAGUUGUAUAUGGAACAAGAUGUCCAUUUUGCUGACCAAUGGUUAAAAAGUCUGCUGUA